AUGAAGGCUCUCCUAACUCUCCUGACUCUAGGGCUCCUCCUGCUCACCAUCACUGUCCAGGGCAAGGUCUAUGAGCGAUGUGCUAUUGUCAGAAAUCUAAAAAGACUUGGUCUAGCUGGCUUCCAAGGAAUCAGCCUGGCAAACUGGGUCUGUUUGAUCAAAUUCGAGAGUGGUUAUGACACGCAGGCUAUAAAAUUCAACCGAGAAGACCAAAGCACCAGCUAUGGGAUAUUUCAGAUCAACAGCCGAUACUGGUGUAAUGAUGGCAAAACCCCAGGAUCAAAGAAUUUUUGUCGGACAUCCUGCAAAGCUUUGCAGAAUAACAUCAGGAGGGCCGUAGCUUGUGCAAAGAGGAUCGUGCGGGAUCCACGGGGAAUUACUACAUGGGCAGCAUGGAGGAAAAACUGUCAAAACAGAAACCUCGCUCAGUAUGUUCAAGGCUGUGGCGUACAGUAA